AGGAUUAGCGGCUCCCGCGAAGUGGCCGGCUGAGGUGGCCACUGAACUGCGCAUGCGCCAUGUGCCCCUGUGGCGUAGGACCUCGUCCCGUCGCGACUCACCGCAAGGCGGGGCCUGCUGAGGGGCUUCGGCUGUCAGAGUAGACAUGGGGGCCGGCCGCACGGGGGCUGUGCUUGUCGCCCUGGGAGUGCUUAGUGUCUGUGCGGCCAGCGGCUCAAGGCCCGUGGCAGAGGGGGAGACCGGCGGGGAGGUGGAGUGGGCGGAGCCGUGGGACGGCGCAGUUUUCCGGCCUCCCUCCGCGCUGGGCGCAGUGGGGGUGGCGCGCGGUCCGGAGACACCGCGGCCGGGGAGCGGGGAGGCGGUGGACCUGCCGGUGCUGCUAUGGUGGAGCCCAGGGCUGUUUCCUCACUUCCCGGGCGACUCGGAGCGCAUCGAGUGCGCGCGCGGCGCGUGCGUGGCGUCCCGGGACCGACGGGUGCGGGGAGACUCGCGGACGCGCGCACUGCUCUUCUACGGCACCGACUUCCGCGCGUCCGAAGCGCCGCUGCCGCGCUUGGCGCACCAGAGCUGGGCGCUCCUGCACGAGGAGUCGCCCCUCAACAACUUCCUGCUGAGCCAUAGUCCGGGCAUCCGCCUCUUCAAUCUUACCGCCACCUUCAGCCGUCACUCGGACUACCCGCUGCCGCUGCAGUGGCUGCCCGGGACCGCCUAUCUGCGCCGCGCGGCGCCUCCGCUCCCGGAACGCGCGGACUGGCGCCGCCGGGGCUACGCGCCGCUGCUCUAUCUGCAGUCCCACUGCGACGUGCCUGCGGACCGGGACCGCUACGUGCGCGAGCUCAUGCGCUACAUCCCGGUGGACUCAUAUGGGAAAUGCCUGAAGAAUCGGGAGCUGCCCACGCCGCGGCUACAGGACACAGCCACAGCCACCACUGAGGAUCCAGAACUCUUGGCCUUCUUGUCCCGCUAUAAGUUUCAUUUGGCCCUCGAAAAUGCCAUCUGUGACGACUACAUGACGGAAAAACUGUGGCGCCCCAUGCACCUCGGUGCUGUGCCUGUGUACCGCGGCUCUCCCUCUGUGAGGGACUGGGUGCCCAACAAUCACUCCAUCAUCCUCAUUGACGACUUUGAGUCGCCGCAGAAGCUGGCAGAGUUUAUUGACUUUCUGGACAAAAAUGAUGAGGAAUAUAUGAAAUACCUGGCAUACAAGCAACCUGGGGGCAUCACCAACCAGUUCCUUCUGGAUAGUCUGAAGCAGCGGGAGUGGGGAGUGAAUGAUCCUUUACUGCCUAACUACCUUAACGGCUUCGAGUGUUUCGUCUGUGACCACGAACUGGCUCGGCUGGAUGCCGAGAAGGCCCAUGCAGCCUCUCCUCGGGACAUCCCUGUCCCUGAGCCUCAUAUUGCCCAGACCUCACACAUGGACUGCCCAGUGCCCACACCUGGCUUUGGCAGUGUGGAAGAGAUUCCUGAGAAUGACAGCUGGAAGGAGAUGUGGCUGCAAGAUUAUUGGCAAGGCCUGGACCAGGGGGAAGCUCUCACUGCCAUGAUCCACAACAAUGAGACACUGCAGAGGAAAUUUUGGGAUUACCUAACUGAGAUCUUCAUGAAAAGGAACCAAAAUCUCUAAUUACUCUUGCAAGAGUCCUUAACUUG